AUGGCGUGUGCUUAGUCGGACUUUAAUCGGGCUCGGAGAAAUACUUUAUUUUUCUCCGAACACGGCGCAAUAAUCUAUCGAUUCCACACCCGACAACUUAACAAUUAUUGAGAAAAUCCGAAAAACAGGAUAAUUCCAAUAUAUCGAUAAUACUCGGUGUAUUUAUUUUAUUAGAAAUAGUCAUGCGUCAUUAGACAAUGAGUUUGAUCGUCUGACCUCAGUUAUCAGAUCCGCAGCGAUUUUCAGAGGAAAAACAAUCGCCUGUUGAUGACUUUAACUGAUCGAACAGACGAUUUAACCAAUAAAGAGUGGGAUAUCGAUCCAAUCGGGGAUUUAUCGUUGGGGGUAAAAUGUCUAAUGCCAAAACGUCCACUCCGGUGGCCGGAAAAAAACGCGAGAGAACCCAGAAUUGGGUGCCCGAGGAGAAACGCGAGCUCUUUACACUGAUAAAAGCUCACAUUAAUGCUAUUGAGAACAAGAAAAUCGACACAUCAGCCACUGCACUUAAGAGUCUAGCCUGGCGUCAGAUCUACUGCGACUUCAAAGGAAUAUUUUCUACUGAACGCGACAUCACGAGAAUGAGGGAGCAGUGGAGGAGAAUGAAGGCACAGGCCAGAGUCGAUAUCAACACCUUCGCCGAGAAGGUGAGGACAGUAGGUCUUCAGGAGGCGUCGAAAAAUCGACCGUCGGCUUUAUCCGUCGACGUCUGGCGUUUGCUCCAAAUUCUCAAGAAAAACGACAGCGAGCCGACGUCGGACGACAGCCAGGACGCAGAUCCCACGUCAAAUCUCCAGGAGAUCCUGGAUAAUCUAAGUUCAAAUCCCCUGGAAAAUUCUUUUGACUCGAUAAAACAGGAGUGCAACUCCGAAUUCAACGAUGAGGAUCCGUCCGUCCAGGGGUCAUUCGCGAGCUCACCACCACCGGAGAAAACCAGGGGAGUGAGAUUAUCCGACGAGGAGCCGAUGAAUCUCGCGCACCAGAAGAAAAUGCGACUCAGUGCGACGUGCUACGGGGAUGAGGACGAGGAGGAGCCGACGCUGAUGCCCGACGACCUGAAUGAUUCCGACAAGAGGGACUCGUCGUCCACUGACAUCAGUGCGGAGGAACGGAAUAUGAAGUUGAAGAUUCUGGGACUCGAGCUGGAGAGGGCUGAGCUGAAGAAGCAGACGGCGAUUUAUGAGCUGAGGACCUCGGAGAUCAGGAAGCAACUUGUGGAGAGUCAGGCCAUCGAUUAUUUCAGGUGAAUUUUUUAAAAAUUUUGAUUUAAAAAAAUAUGCAUUUCGAUUUCGAAUAAUUCAAUAAUUACUUAGAACUUAAUUAAUGCGUCUAAAUCUCUUUGAUUAAUGGAAUCUAAUUCCUUUAAUGUCCUGCGGACGUGGGGACAAAAUAAAGUAGCAAAAUUUAAUAUAGAUAUUUAUAAAUUUUAAUCCAAAACUACCGAUUCCGUAGAAAUACACA